GUAGAUUUUAUUAGAUAUCUAAUCCUUGCUCGUCUGAGACAGCCCUAGGAUGUCAUUAACGCAGGCCUGAAUUCACUCGCGGAAAGAAAACUAGAAGACAGGGAGCUGCCGGAUAGGUGCAACAAACAUUGCCGACGAGACGGGCCAAAUAUGAAAUCCCAGCGGCGAGGCAAACGCCAAUGCAGACUUGAGUACCUACAACAAACCCGAACAAGGAGCGGGAAGUUUACUUCGUAUAUGUACUCGCACUAAGAGAUUAGGCCCCCAUAAGUUGCCCGGCCGUGCUCCGCCCGUCAUCCAACAAAGUAAGCCGAUGACAAACUGAAGAGUUGCCCCAGACUUUGUCCCUCCAGAUACUCAUAACCGACAAGUUUCCCUCUGUCAGUGUAAUAGUCCCAAUACCUACGCGGAAUCCGGCAAAUGAUGUUCAAACUCGCCUUCGCCAUCUUCGCCGUAACCCUCCUCACAUUGCCGGCUCAAGCCACGAAUGCAUUCGAACGUCUCCAUGACGCGCUCCACCCGAAAAGGACGGCUGCAGAUCCUUCACAGACGCCUCUCAUCUUCGCCAGUGUUCCACAUAUCUCACACCUAGAGAAAGUCGCUGCGGUCGCUUUAGAGCUCGCUUCGAUAGGCUACCCAAUAAAGUUUUUAACCGGUCGUGCCUUCGAAAACCUGAUCUCCAACCUCCAUCCAAACAUCGAGUUUGCCCCAUUUCUCGGUUUAGACGGGCUGAUGACGGAGGAAGAUAUGAAGACGCUCAUGUCCCUACCCCCGAAAGAGAAGGAGCUCUUCGCAACUAAGAAGGCCUUCGUCGAUGGCAUGAAGGACCACCACAAUAGUAUACAGCGGGAAGCGGCAGCGUUUCGGCAGAAACACGGAGACACCAAGCCAUUGGUCAUUCUAUUUGAUAUGUCCCUGACUGGGCAUUAUCCCGUCUUGCUAGGUGCCCCAGGCAUACGACCAGAUGCAAGCAUUGCCAUAAGCACCGCUGCAUUGGUAUUGGACUCCAACGAUACAUUCCCAUUCAAGGUCGGGAAAGUGCCCGACACGAGUGAAAAUGCCAGAGACGUGCACUGGGCCGCAUGUCAGGAAUACUUUGAAACCCCCUUCUACAAAGAGCUUCACAAACACUGGGAGGCGAAACUGCGCGAACUCGGAGCCACAAAAGAACCAUUUCCUGGAGUAUACGACGCUAUGAAUACCGUUUCGGAUUAUUUGGCGACCCAAGGAAUCCCGGAGUUUGAGUUUCCACGGUCAGAUAUCCGGACGGAUAUCAGGUACUUUGGAGCCUUGAAGAAUCUGAAGAAGACUGGUGGUGAAGCCGCUGAACUGCCGACAUGGUGGGACGACAUCCGGAAGGCAAAGGCAGAGGGGAAGAAAAUCGUUGCUGUGAGCCAAGGUACGGUCGAAGUGAACCCACAGGAACUCAUCCUGCCAACUAUAUCGGCUUUAAAAGACCGCGAGGAUGUGCUAGUGAUCGCAACACUUGUGGCUUUCGAGCCUUCAGAAGUUCUUGGGGAAGAGGUGCCGGAAAAUGCGCGAGUAGCGAAAUUUGUGCCGCAUGACAUGCUGUUGCCGCUUGUAAGUCGUGAAAUCGUCAUGAUAGGCUCCGAUGACUGACGUAGAGCCCAGGUGGAUGUCUUCAUCUCAAACGGUGGCUUUGGUGCAAUCCAACAUGCCCUUCAAGCCGGGGUUCCCCUGAUUAUUGCCGGUAACUCCCAGGAUAAAGCGAACAACGCGGCGCUUGUGCAAUGGUCUGGAGUAGGUAUCAACCUUCAGACACGGCGCCCAGCUGUGGAACAAAUUGCUGCAGCUGUAAAGUCCAUCCUUGAAGAUAGCGCGUUCAAGAGGAAAGCGACUAGCCUUAGCGAGAAGUUUGAGAGGUACAAUGUUGGCCAAGUCUUCGACGAGGUC